AUGACCGCAACUCGAAGCGCACGCUUUUCAAAAGCCGCUUCUGGGGCCACCGCCUGUAUUAUCGCCAUCCUGGCAAUUUUAUAUCUCUGUGCAGUAUACUGGUCGUACAGGCUGCUGCUUCGGGCUCCAAGACCUUUGAACAAGGCUAUCGGAGUGAAAUUACAACGUUAUGCGCCAGGCGAGUCCUCCCAUCGCGUGGCGUACGGAUUUCUGGUAUUCUCCAGUCUAGCGGAGCUAGGCGUGUCAAGCUGGCUCUUGUCGCAAUACAAGUUCAACAACAACGCACCAAACGAUACCAUAGUGACAGGCCUCGGUCUCUUAAUAUUCUGCUCCUGCUGGACAGCCAUCACCGGAGCCGCCUUUACGGUGCUGUUCAUACACCCAGUCUGGUCCACGACUCCGUGGGCCUCUCUAGGAGUACAAGGCCUCUGGGUCAUAACAACUUGGGCGUUUUGGGUUGCCGGGGCCGCCAUAACCAACACGUCCUUCCCCGCCCUCUUUUCUCGGGGUAUUUGCUACGGCCUCGUGUAUUGUAAGCACAUUCAAACACUUUUCGGUGAGUGGCUCAGCAUGUAUGUGCCAUCCAAUCUAGUUGACAGCUUUGUAGCGUUAUCUGUCUUGGAGCUCCUCGUGCUGGCGUCCGGUAUGGUUGUCGUCAUGUGGUUAGCCUGGCAUUCUACCCGCCAGAUUUUACUUUCGGCUCCUGUUAGUUGA